AUGGACCUAUCUCCCCAUGAUGUCCUCGGCGAGGGGAUCAUGUGGGCGGAGAGAGAAAUCCUGGACAGCUCUUCAGUGGGGAAACGGCUAUCGCUCGAAGGAUUCGAGCUGCCCAACAAGCGACACCUGCGAGGGGUGCCGAUGCAGUUUUACCGCCGACUUUGGCACACGCUUGAAGGCAGACAUGAAUUCACUGACCAGACUCAAACCUACAAGGCUUCUGGGAGUACUGAGCUUACAAAGCGGUCACAUCUUGGCUCUACCAAUCAUCCACGUUCGACCACACACGUGGUGCUUGGCGAUAUCACCGGAUACCUGAAGCUAGACUUCUCCGUCAAUAUAAAGCGGUCAACCACGAGUGCUUCCCACCCUCUUUUGGACCGGUUUCUGCUCCAAUCGGCUCCCAUCCAUCUGACGUACCAACAACCUGAACAAGAACCAGAACUGGAACCAGAACCAGAACCAGAACAUCAACCGCAACCACAAUCCAGAACGCCUCCUCAACUCCGAGCACCUCAGCCAACAACAAAACCGCUCAUAUCCACAGAACAAUUACUAUCCAAUCGCCAACGUACAUCGCAUCGAGCCCUCACCAAAUUCGAUGAGUUGUCAAAGCAUUACUCAACAUCUAUUUCCACAGGCACGUCGCCGUUGUCCCUCGGGCUGGUCUCCAAACGCCGCCACCUGUUAACAUUAUACUCUGAGUCCGAUGGUGAUGAUACUUCGUUUCGAUCCCGAGAUACACCCAACUAUACACAGAAGCAUCGACCUCGGGACUACGCCAUUGACUUAGUCGACUCAUCCGCACGGUUGUCCCUGGAGGAUAGCUUGAAGGAUUAUAAGAUCAAGGAAGAAUCGGUUGAAUAUGAUCCACAGUUCAAGCGUGAAUCGGUACUCCAAACGCAGUCCUUUUUUGACCAACCGGCCGACAUUAACCGUAAGAUUCUGGUAAAACUCGAGCCUGAUGCCAGGAUCAAGUCAGAAGACGCUCGUCAGGAUGUAGAUGAUGACAUUGAACUUACCGCAAAGGGUUUGCAUGCCCCUCUUGAGCUUCUCAGACUGGACGAUCAAAUAACCUCGAAACAAACUAUCUCCAUCAAUACGGCUGGACCUAAUGACCGGAGCCCAAUCGUUUCCCGCGAAAUAUCGAAACAACUAACAUUCCCAGACAUUUUCGAGCCGUCAACUCCUGAUGAUAACGACCCAUUAUUGAGACCACCGCCCUUCCAACCCUCAAAAAUUCCCGAUCUUGAACUGACGAGCUCAUCCAACAGAAGUGACCAGAACAUUUCAUUUCAGAGCAAUCUUGAUCCGAUUGUUGAGAAUACGACUCCCCCAGACCUGGAUGAUUCUUCCGAACAUGACGACGAAAGUAUUCAAAUUGAUAUGCCUGAAAUCGAUCAACAAAUAUCUGAUGAUCAACAACCCGAUGAUGGCAUCCACAUCGAUAUACCUGCCAUUGAACCUCAUGACGAACUACCUGGAGAGGUCUCCCCAACCACCUUCGAGAAAGAGUUGUCGAAACAACAAAGCAUCGAACAAGGUGAUUUAUCAACUGCGAAGCCUGUAUCGUCAAUGCCAAUCCUGAAGCUGACACUGGAAGAAUCUGUACUGGAUGACGAUUUCGAGGAGGGUCCAAAUGGUCUCACACUGCUAUUCUCCGAAUUGACACUUGGGAGAAUCGAGAAACGUCGGGUUCAACCAGAUGCUCAAGUCGCUAUCGCUACAGCUAUAAAUAAGCGCUUGGUGCGCUAUUCGCUUGGCAAUAAACGGGCCAAUACAGCAUUCUAUGAGGCGGUAUCUCAAAAAGCUGACGAAAUGUUGACACAAAUGAUGAAGGAUCUUGAGGCGAUUGUUAUCCAUCGUGGUGGUCGAGAGAUUAAUGUCUCGGAUGCGAAGGUAUUGUGUCUGCGAUACAAAACUCAUAGACCUUACGAUCCCCCAAGGACGCAGAUAAACGAGAUUACUAAUUACACUCGUGCUAAGCUUCCCUUAGAAACGGUGCAUAAGUUCGAAGAUGCGAUGAGAGAAAAUAACUGA